AUGGGCAGUGAUGACAUCAUGGUCAAUCAUCUUGUUGCUGAUCUGAGUUCUACCUUUGCCUUAAAAGAUCUUGGGUUUGUCAACUAUUUUCUGGGAAUUCAGGUUGUUCCUACAGCAGAGGGUAUUCUCCUUUCUCAAACAAAAUACUUGCAAGAGAUUCUUUGCAAAGCUGAUAUGCAAAAUGUCAACACACAAAAUACCCCAAUGAAUAGUGGCUUGAAGCUCUCCAACUAUGGUAGUGAACCAGUCAAGGAUGCCACUCUCUAUCGAUCCAUUGUUGGAGCCCUUCAAUAUGCAACUGUGACAAGGCCUGAAAUUGCAUACUCUAUCAGCAAAGUAUGUCAAUUUAUGCAUCAGCCACUUUUAUCACAUUGGAUGGCAGUCAAGAGGAUUCUCAGGUAUCUUGCAGGUACACUUGAUUAUGGCCUUCUCAUCAAGCCAGCUCCUGAUUUUUCCAUUGAAGCCUUUUGUGAUGCUGAUUGGGCUUCGGAUCCCGAUGAUCGGAGGUCCACAACAGGGUAUUGCAUUUAUUUUGGAAAGAACUUAGUGCACUGGAAAUCUCAGAAACAAACAACCAUCAGCCGGUCCUCUACUGAGGCUGAGUUUCGAAGCUUGGCAAGUGUAGUCACUGAAGUUACUUGGCUGCAAUCAUUACUUCAGGAAUUACAUGUUUCAUCUCCUGGUGUCCCUUCCAUCUGGUGCGACAAUCAAAGUACAGUACUUCUUACAGCCAAUCCAAUUCUUCAUGCUCGCACAAAGCAUAUUGAGUUGGAUUUAUACUUUGUUCGAGACAAGGUUUUACAACAUCAGAUUCAAGUCAAACAUGUGCCUUCCCAUGCUCAAUUGGCUGACUGCUUAACUAAACCUAUCUCCAGCUCCUUGUUCAGUAGUAUUCGAUCCAAACUCAGUGUUGUUUCUAAAGCUACACUGAGUUUGGUGGGGCCGCAAGGAAUAUCAACAGUCCAAGGAGUUAGUUAA